UACGCCCGUGAAUCGUGAUGAUCCAGAGAUACAAUAAGUCUUUCGUUUAAACAAUAUUAAUAUUCCCUUCGUUUUGAUUAUUCCACAAAUGUCAAUUUUUUUCAUUCCAAAAAUAUAAAGAAAAACAUAAAAAAAUUUUAAAAUUCAUGAAUCAAUUAACCAAUACCCAAAUCAAGAUUGUAUUGAAAAUUGAGUAAAUGAAAAUUGCAGAGAAGUUUAUUAUACCGAAUAAAUGUUAUAAACACAGUUAUAGCGUUUUGCGUUUUACAGUUUAAUGACCUUAUUGAUAUCUAUUUUCAAUUUGUUUUUUUUUAUGAUAACUAUGUACUAUUUUUUUCUCUAAUAUUUACCGUGGUGUGUGUUUAAUUUUGAGUACGGACUAUAGAAUAGUCAUUAAUUUCUUAUCCAAACAUUUUUAUCGCUCAAUUUAUUAUUUUAUAAAGGGGUUUUUCUCUACUUUGUUGCUUAAACUUUAUUUAAUGUUAAUUGUUUUGUUUGGCGUUUACAUUGAAGAAUUAUCGAACUACAUACCGAAAAACGAAAAAGCUGGUAAGCUAUCUGUUUUUUAAAAUGGACAGUUUUACUGAUUGAAUUUGCUAAUCAAAAAUUUUUGAUUGGAGAUCACUGAAAAAAAAAAAUGAUAUAAUAAAUUGUAUUCUAUUGAUUUUCACUACUUAAUGAAAUAUACAAUUUGGUAAAUUCUAAUUUCAAAAUUGCUUCAUACUCAAUGACAUACUUUCAUGACAGGUAGGUACUUAUUAAAUUACUAUUAAUGUAAAGUAGGUACCUUUUUCAUUAAGAGGAAUAAUAAUAAUAUUAAUUAAUAAUGUAGAUCUUGAAUUUCAUAAAAUUAAUUUUUUAAAUACUUAAGUAAUAUUAAAUUAUUAUUAAUUAUUAUUAGAAUGCAUGUCAAAUGUUAAAUUAUAUCGGGAUUAUAUUUUUGUCUUGGGUAAUAUUCAAUUAAUAAUAAAUUAUACAUCUUAAAUUGCAACACAUAAAAGGAAGCAUUUUUUUAAUAUAACUAUACAUUUCACUUUGAGUUUUUUCUGUGGGUUCUUAGUUCAAGAAAUUGAAAUUUGUUAUGUAUUUUUAAUUUAAAUUAAAUUAACUCAGAAUUUCUAUUCAAACAUUUGAUAUGAUUCGACUGAGCAUAUUUAUUUGGCAUCUUCAAUGUCAUCUUUAUGUUUAUAAAGUUUUUAAAAACUAACCCUAAAAAGAUCUAACAUAUUUUGUAUAGCUGGCAAGUUAGCUCAUAAAUUAUACUAGGCACUAAUUACUAUAAAUUAUAAAAUGUCUAUGCAUAAUGAUAAUAAACAGGGCUUGGCUGACCCAGUGGUUUACCGCCCUAUCGAACAGUAGACAGUUGCCAUUAGUUAGGUUAGGUUCCUCGUAAGUAGUAUGAUUAUUUAUUUAAAUUAUAUACAUAUUUGUAGAGUAAUGGGACAUAAUAGGAUACAAUGAGACUGAGUCAACUCACAUUUAAUUAUUAAAAAUAAAUAGAAACGUAUAUUUUAUAACAAUUUGGGUUAGUGAACUGGUGCAUGGGGUUUAUAAAAACAAUAUUCUUUAAUAAUGGCUGUAAACUUAUUCAUAUUAAAAGACAAGUAUGAAGAGUUAGGACCAUGUGCCCUUCCACCAUACAUAUUUGAUUAGUGUUUGAAUAUUAUGGGUCACCAAAUAAGUACGUACUUCGUACCAUCAGAACUAUAGUGUAAUAACUCAAAAAACAAUGAUUUUAAAGAUUUUACUCAUUUUUAAAUACCUGUAAAACAAAAAGUAUUCUCUCUUCAUAGAAUUUUGGAUAUCUGUAGUUUAUAAAUAUAAUUGUAUACCUAUCUAAACUUUAAAAUGUAAACAUUAUAUUAUAUUUUAAAUACUAAAUUAACUAUUUUUGAAUUCAUACAUUUGUUUAGUGGACUAACGCAAUAACGCACAUUUAAAUAAAUUGUUUUGCAAUAGUGUAUUAUUUUAAGAUACUACAUUAUUGCAUUUAGAGCAACUUAUUAUUUUCUAUCAAAAUUUAAUGAUCAAAUGUAUAAAUUUACCUACUUUUUGAGUUGAAACAUUAGUACUCUAAUAUUAUUGUUUCCUUAAUAUCUUACUUUAUUAUUCUUUUUUUUUAACUUGUUCCAUAAUGUAGAUACAAUAAAAUAUGCUAGUGCACUGUAAUGAAUUUUAAUUUUAUCAUAGGAAAAGUUGUAUAACUUAAAAUUGCAUAUUUGUGUUACAAAAUUACUGUUCUAAUAUGCCAGGGUAGUGCUGCCACUUUUUUUGGGAUAGUUUAAUACCCGGUUUGUCUCUGUUAAUAAACAGUUUUAAAAGAAAAUAUAUUUAUAAGUAAAAUAUGUAUAUAAUGAGUAAAAUAACUAAGGUAAUAAUAUGAAAACAUUUUAGUGUUUCAUUAUUCAGCUCCGUAUUUUAUGUGUAACACCAGUAAAAUAUUAAAUCUGGAAUUUCAGAGAUAAGCCAAUAUUAAAUAAUUUAGUUUUACUAUUAUUAUAAUAUUUGUAGAACAUACUGAAUGAUUGAGUUUGGGUAGUAAAUAUAAAAUUAAUUUAUAAAAUUGGUCAAAUAUUCACAAUAAAAUAUAUCAAAUUAAUGUCAUAUUAAAUUUAUAGUCUGCAUUGUGUAUAUAUUAUAAUACAACAGAGUACUGUUUUAUAGUUCAGUAUGGUGUCUACUUUGUUUUUAUUCAGUAGUAAAUUUUCUUUAUAAAUAAAUUAAUACCUAUUUAUUAGAUAUGUGACAAACUGUUCGAUUUUCAGACUGAUAGUAGCAUAUAAUCGAACCGAACCAAAUACACACAAUAGUUCGGUUCGAAAAUCAUUCAUUACCGAUUUUGUGUGGUCACCAAUACAAUUUUUUGUGAUGGGACAGAGCAGCCUUGUAUGAAAAAGAAAAAUUCUAUUUUUUUCGCAUUAGUGGUUUUAAUAAUCAUAAAUCACGGAGCCGAGCAGUUUGAAAACCUAGGUUUUUGACCUAACCUAACCUUUUUACUUUUUAAUGUUCUAGUUCGAGUUUGAUAAAAUAUUUUAAAAGUUAGAUUUAUGUUCGAAUAAAAAUGUAUAGGUUCAGUUUAUCUUAAAUAUCAGGGUUCGUAAUAAUCUCUAAUAUUUGUAAUUUUUACUUUAAAUUAUUUAUAUAUUUUAUAUUUUUAUACCAUGGAAAUAAUUAAUUCAAAAAAUGAUAAAGAUAAAUUGUUAUUUAAUGAAUAUAAUAUAUAUAUUUUAAAACAAUCAGGAGAGGGGAUGGAAUUAUUUUAUCUGGAUAUAAAACAGUUUUUUUAAAUUGAUUUUUACAUUUUGGGUUUUUUCCCCUAGUUACCUUAACCAGUGGUAACAAAAACUUCAUUGUUUUGUUUUUGCUGAGUAUACAUUUUUUUUCAACCACUGUCUUAACAUUUACCACAUGGUAAAAUAUAUCAUCUACCUGCAAUGAUGAUUUACUGGUAUUCUUAAAUUAAAUUGUAUGAGUUUAUAAAAAUUGAAAGUUUAAAUUAAUUAAUUAGAUCAUGUAAUCUAUCUUUAAUUAAAGCUGCUAAUAAUAAUACUGGAUCUCAACAUCUAAAAAAUGUAUCAUGUUCAAUGUACAUUUUAUUGUUGAAUUAUUACUUUUUAAAAAAUGAUAUGAUUAGAGAUAGGCUCUACUAUGCAUCAAUAAUAAAAAAUUUUAAAUGUGUAUGUUUUGCCCCAUUUUUAUUCUAAUAUUUUUCUUUAGUUAGUUGGGUCAAGCAGUAUUUAAUACCACCUGGAUUUCGCUGUUACUCUGAUUUUAAUAAGCCCUAACAAUGCAUUAAAAAUUUAAAAUCAAAGUUAAAUUAAAUAUUAUAAUCAUGUUUAGAAGUUUUCAUCAGGUACUUUUAUCGAAGAUGAAAUAAUAUGACAAAUGUCUACUUUCUUAAAAUAUUUAUCUUACAAUACUUAAUAGCAAAUAGUUUUAAUCUAACAUUUGAAAUUAAUUAAUUCAGUUAAAAACCUAAAAUACCUCUGAAGUUUUUUUUACAAUUGUAAUUUAUAAUUUUUUCUAUAAACAAAAUAAUAACUGUUUUUUAAUUAAAAAUAUUCAAAUUUGAUAUGAAAGAAUUAAAAUUAACAAAUAAAUUUAAAAUUGAUUUUACAGGCUUACAUAUUUGUACACUUAGUGUUAUGGUAGAUUAAAAGCUCUGUCAAAUUGUUCUCUAACCAGACAAUUUUGAAAAUAUCAAUGCGGUCUAGUACUGAGGACACUAUGAAUUCAUUCACACCACAACAAUAUUGUUUGAGAUGGAAAUACCACCAUUCAAAUUUGCAAGCCAUGUUCUCUCAACUUUUAGAACGGGAAAGCUAUUGUGAUGUUACUUUGGCUUGUGAAGGGAAAACUCUUAGAGCCCAUAAGGUAAAUUUUUAAACAUUUUAUUAACUAUAAAAAAUAUAUAUAUAUUAUUUUAUUUAAUUUUUUUUUUUUAGAUUAUGCUUUCUGCUUGUAGUACAUAUUUUGACAGUAUACUGUCACAGCACGAUGAAAAUAAGGCAAUAGUUAUUCUUAAAGACGUAAAAUUUUCUGAUAUUCAAGCUCUAGUCAGUUUUAUGUAUAAGGGAGAAAUUAAUGUUGAACAUGUAAGAAUUAAAAUUUAUUUUCUUUCAUGUCUAAUAUUCUUAAAUUACCACUUAUGAAAAUUUUAGACUGAACUUUCUUCAUUAUUAAAAACUGCAGAAGAACUUAAGAUCAAGGGAUUAGCUGAAGUUUCAUGGAGAUCUGAUCAAGAAAAUCAAAUUUCUAACAUAAAUUCAGAAGAAGGAACAAGUAUAAGUAAGAAGAGGAAACUAGAUUCAACACCAACUCCAGCUACAACAUCUGCUAAUGUAAAAACAGAAUUUGCAGAAACACAAAAAGUACAUAGUUUUAAUAUUAUAAAUUUUCAUGUUAAUAAUUGAUAUAAUCUGUAGGAGAUUGAUGAUAUGGUUGAAUCAGAUGCUGAUGAAAAUGAAUCUGAGCCAGAUCAGUCAAUUUGGGAACCAGAAAUGCAACAUGAUGUUGAUUCUGACAAUGUGGACACUUCUAGGCCAGCAGUGCGUACAUAUAUGUUUAAGUUGUAGAUACUAAAAUAUAAAAAUAAAAUAUUUAUUUUUAUAUAUUUGUUUGUCAAACAUUUGAAAGUUUAUGGUUUUUUUUUUUCAAGACUGUAAGCGCAGUUACAUCUUUUUCUUCUGAAGAUGAUCCAGGAAAUAAUACUAGUACUAAUCAAACCUUUAAUGAACAAUCAGGCAGUGUUCCUGGUAUAAUUAUAAUUUAAAAACAUUAUUAUGGUUUAAGUUUAUAUUAUAAUGUAAUAAAUAUUAUUUAUUUUAUAGAUUUAAGUCAAUUUUCUGAUGUAACAAAAAUGAAUGAUUACCUAGAAAAAGGUGGUCGACGUCCACAAUUUUGGGAAGAAUCUUUUACAAAAAGAUUAAUGGAAGCUAUUAAAAAUAAAGAGGUAGAAAUGAAAGUUGCAGCUGAAUUGAUGGGUGUAUCAUAUGGUACACUUUAUGGUCGUUAUCGUGAUGCAUAUGGCUGUUUAAAACAUCCAUACAGGUAUAAUAAUAGUUUUUUUUUUCUUUGAAUAGCAUAAUAGGAUAAUAUUUUCAGGGUUCGAGAUUUCUGGUUAGAACAAGGUCCAGCGGAUGUAUUAGCAAAAUUACAAAGAAAAGAAUUAACUCUUUUUAGAGCUGCAGAAAUUUUAAAUGUUACAGUAACAACAUUAGCCAGUUACUUAUCUACCAUCCGUAAUGAUUCAAUAGCUACUUCAACAGCUGUAAGUUCAACUGAAAGAUCCACAUUUAGUGUCGAUGCUAUGUCUGAGAGUGAUAGAGAAGAAGAAAAUUCUGAAGAUGAACCAUCAAAUGAUGAUAUGGAUAAUAUCAUAACUACUAGUAAUACUCAACAAAAUAACCCUGAUAAUAUUAUAUCUGCUACAGGAGCAGGGACAUUGUCUAAAGUUAAUAACUUAAAUGGUAACUAAUGUUAUAUAUAAAUAAAUCAUUAGAUUGAGAGUAGAAGUCCUUACAAAUAUUAUAAUUAUACAGUGGUUUCUUACCAUACAUAUUUACAAUUUUUGUUAAUCCUAAUAUAAUUUUUCUUUCAUUAUUUAAUUUUACAUAAUAUUUAUUUUAUUUUUUAUUCUAUAUUAUUUUCUAACAAUUUUUUGUUAACUCUGGAGCUGCUGUUAGAAUAUUAUUUUAUCUAAAUUAACAUAAAAAUAAAUAAAAAUUAUAAUAGUACAGGUUAAAUUUUUCUUAAUUGAUUGUUUUAUACUUAUGCAAUUAUUUUCAUUUUUCUUUUAUAAACAUUAGGUUACAAUACUUCUCAAAUUGGUGCUAAUUUAUUCUUCCAUCUUAGCUCUCUAGUUUCAAAUAUUUGUAUUAAUAUAAAAAUAAUUGUUUUAUAUUCAUGAAUACAAAUAUAUAUAUACACACACACACACACACAAUACAUAUUUUGCUCAAAUGCAAAAAGUGACAAGUAUUAAAUUUUGACUUUAAUCAAGAUUUAUGAACCACUUAAGGUUUUCAAACUAUUUAUAUCACUUUGAGACAUUUAGUACAUAUAUAGGGAUGAAGUAAGGCAUUUAAACUUAUUUUUUUACUUGGUCAUUUUUUGCACAACAGAGAUUAUAAUAUAUUGUAUUGUGUUUAUAUAUAUUACUAUGAAUGAAUACCAUUUAUUUAUUUUGAACUAUAACGAUGAUUAAUUUUUAACAACCUAAAUUUAAAUUAUAUGUUAUUUUCAUUAUAUUUAAAAAUAUUUGUUUUUAAUUAAUUUAUGGUAGGGUAUUUGAAUUUAUUUUGUAUGCAUUUGUCUAUAUUAAUAUUCGUAAUACAUAAAAAAAAACAGCCACUUUAAAUUUUUCCAUUUGUAUAUUUCACACCUGCAAAGAAAUAUAAAAAUUAUUUUGUAAGUUUGAUCAAAUAAUUAUUUAGAUGGUAAAUAAAAAUAAUCUAAAAAAACUUAUAUUAAAGUAAAAUAAAGUAGGUCAUCAUAUAUAUAUAUAUGUACAUAUAUAUGACAUUAUGGUUUUUAUUGGGAGUUUAAUAUAUAUUAAGUACUAAAUAAUUACAUGUGUUUGUUUUUAUAUGCAAAUUCAUUAAUUUAGUUCUGAUAGAAUUUACUAAAGCUAAUAUACAUAGAUUACAUAUUAUCUAUUUUACUAUAUUUGUAAAAAUAUUAUUAUUUUUAAAAUUUAAUUGUUGAUCAAACCUUAAAUUUAAAACACCUUAAUAAAAAAAAAAAUAAUAAUAACAAACAGAAUAGGACAAAUGUUAUUGCAAGAUUAAAAAAUGUAUUUAUUAUUUUAUUUUAAAAUAAAUAUUCCUAAUAAAAUCUACUAAUUUAAAAGUAUAUGUAAAAUGUUUAUUAAACAUCGGAUUUGUGAGCCUGAAACUUUUGUAUAAUGAUUAAAUUUCUUGGUUUUGGAAGAACUAUUAUAGUUAUUUUAUUUAAAAUUGUACCAUAUUAAUUUUUUUUUUCAAAUAUAUUAUACACAUUCGCACAUCUUAAAUUUAAUAAUUGUAUUAUAAAAUUUGUUUUUUACAAAGGACAAGAUAUUAUAAUAUAAUUAUAAACUUGAAUUUAUUAUGUAUUAUGUAUUUAUUAGAAAAUUAAAAAAAAUAAUAUGUAUUAAUCUAAAAUCUUAAUAUUUAUAUUUUGGAUUAUAGUAAAGGUUUUAAUUAUUAGAAUAUGACAUGAUAUCCUAUUAAUAUAAUUUUUAAACCAUCGUGUCCCAUAAAACAUGUAGAUUUGGUUAACAAAUGUAAUACAUUUAAUUUAUUAAGAAUAUAUCAUUGUGAAAUUAUAAUUUUUUUUUUUUUUAAUUUAAAUGGAAAGAACAUGUAUGAUGGACAAAAUUAGUUGUGCAAUAUCAUUAGCUUUACAUAAUAGUUUUUAAGUCUGAUCAAGUAUGUUUAUUAGCAAGAAUAUGUAUUUAUAAUCGUCAUUUAUUAUUUUUAUUAUUAUUUUAUUAUUACUAUUGCUAUUUUGUAAAUAUAAAUUUAUUUAUAUGCAUAUAUUCAAUUAUAAUUAUUAUCAUAAUAUAUAAACAGUUACAAUAUUUAUUAUUAUAACACAUAUAAUAUUAAUUUAAAACAUAAAACAUUAUUAAGACUUAAAACCCCCAGAAAUAGCUGAAAACAUAUAGUAUCAAAAUAUUUAUAUACAAAUGUAUUAAUUGUAUUAUAUAUUUAUGCAUUUAUAUUUUAUAGUUCUUGGUAACAAUAUGGGCAAUAUAUAUUAUACAAUACAUUCAUCUAAAGAUUUAUUGGUUCACAUGUUCCUAGAAUUUAAUUAUAACCUAUUUUUUUUUUUUUAAAUAAAAUUAUAGAAUAACUAUGUAUGUGGCUGAAUACAAUCUUAAUCUCUUUUAUUACAAAUCACAAUAAAAAUAAUUUUUUUCACAAAAUUAUGAAAUUUUUAUUAUAAAACAAACACUCAAAAUCGGAUUAUUAUAGUUAUGUUAUUUGGGAAAAAAGUUUUAUUCAGCUGCAUUUUUUAGUUAAUUUAUACACAUAUUUAUUUCAAUAAUAAUAAUUAUUAUUUUUAAGAUUUGUUAUUUUUUAUUUUUAUUUUAUAAUAUUUUACUUUUUAUGUUUCAAGUAAAUCGUAAGAACUUACUACCCCCUAAGAGUACUGCAUUUGAAUUUACUUUUUUCUGCAAAUAUGUCUUCUAAAUAAUAUUUAAUAGUUUUUUCAGGGGUCCAAUGGUCUGACAAUUGGUUUAUUAUAUUUAAUGAAUUUUAAUAUUUAUGUGUAUUCAUCAUAUCUUUAAUUUAGUUAUUAUUAAGGUGAUUAAGUUGGUCAUUUUUAAAAAAACGAAUUGUACACAUUUUUACUAUAUUAUUGUUCAAUAGAUUUAAAUAAAAUGUUAAAAAUUCAAUACUCAACUGUACACAUACUUAACAGACAAAAGUAAAUCUUAUAACUAAAAGUUAAUGUGUUACAUACCUUUAUACAUGUUGACAUAAUAUACCUAUGUUAGGUCAUUAGUAUUGUCACAUAAUUUGAUGUUAUUUUAAGUUUUUUUUGUACGCAAUAUUUUAUGAAAUUGUUGUGUUUUCAACUGUAAUUUUUCGCGAGAUAUUUAUAAUUUUAUAAAUGUAUUCAAAUAUAAUAUAAUAUAAUAUACCUAAAUAAGUAGUUAAAAAAAAUGAAUGGAAUUGAAACUUAUAAAAAUAAAA